AUGUUGGAUCAAUAAAAGAAUAUUUUUUAUAGAAUAGGCAAUUCAACGAUCGAUACUUUCGAUAUUUUUGGAUAACUUCCUAAUUUCAGAGUACUCGAAAAAAACAAGUUCACCACAGUUGUUGGUUGUUGUAUGACAUUCAUAAUUGGAACAGCUACCUUAAUAUACUUAAUAACUGAAAUAACAACUCUUUUACAUAAAGCAGAACCUCAAGUUGUUUCAUCUGAGGUUCAGAUAUUUGACUCAACAGUAAAUAUUGAUAGUAAUUAAAGUAAUUCCCACUUUACAAUGAUAAUUUCACUCUAGCAGUCACAAUUGCAACUAAAAAUUCAGAACCUAUUUUAGGGUAAUUUAAAUAUUACAACUUGACUAUGAGUCAUUGCAUUAGAGAAAGAUUAUUAAAUGAGACCACAGGCAAGGUUUAGGUGAAGUUAAAGUAAUAUUUUUAAUACUAUUUAGUUGUACACAAUUACCAAUAGCACCUUGUGUAACAGAAGACUUUGAUAAUGAAUUAUAGAAAGAAUUUUUCAAAAAUACUAGAUUAGGUGUUGUGUAAUGUAUCAAUCGAACUACACUCAGAAAUAAUCCUCCAGUAUUUAAAAAAAAAUUAAUUUGAGGUUUUAUAAGGUCAAAUCUCUGGCUAUAAGUAUCAAUACUUAGUAAUUGAAUUGAGUAUUUGCAAAAAUAAUACAGAAUAUUAAGGGUGUGCUCCAAUUGAAGAAAUCAAGAAGGUAUUAUCUGCAGGUCAUUAUUCUGUUUAUGCAAGCGAUUAUUUAAUGUAAUUAAAUCAUCCUAAUAAACCAUACUAAGAAUUUAUUAAUCUAGAUAUAAAUAGUUUCUCUAUCUCAACUUCUAAAAUGUUGUAAUGGACAUAUAGAAUAUCUGAAACUCAUACUGAUGAUGGAUUUCUAUCCUCUACAGAUAGAGUAGAUUUAAAUUUAAUAAAAUAAGACAGAAGAGAAUAUACAGAAUUAUAUAAUGAUGAUUAUCUUGUUUAUCAUUAUAUAUAAUUAGAUUACAAAGAAACAAUCUAUCAGAGAUCUUACAUCAAAAUAUAAGCAAUUUUAAGUAAAAUUGGAGGAAUUUGGCAAUUGUUUAUGAUUAUAACUGCCUUAAUUCUAAAUCCUCUAAUUAGCAAUCUAAUGACAAUUUCACUCGCUAAUGAAUUAUAUCGAUUUCCCAAUUUUGAUAAAUAAAGACAAUAAAAUAUUGAAAUCAUCAAUUUAUAGUAAAGUGAUUAGAUUUUAGAUGUCUAAGAAUAAAAUCGAAGAUCCAGAGAAAUUAAUACUGAAGAUAAACUCUCAAGAGGAAUUUAUGAAUCCCUCUUGAUUUUAUUAGGUUGUCAUAAAAAGAAAAAAUAAAUGUUUUAGUAAGUCAAAUAAGAAAUACUUUCAUAAAUGGAUGUAGUAAAGAUCAUUUAAAAAUUACAUGAAAUUGAUCUGCUAAAAUUCAUUCUACUCAAUGAUGAAUAGUACAAAAUGUUUGAUCUACUCCCUAAACCUAUCUUAUAAGAUGAAAAAAUUUUAAUGGAAGACAUUAGCAAUGAUUUGGCUUAUGAAGCUGGUGUUUAAAAAAGCUUUAGAGUUAUUAAUAAUAAAAAAUUAUAAUAAAAAAAUCUUAAGGAUUAUUAUUGUUCUUUUUCCUCCUUAUAAUAAGACAAAGGAAGAAGUAGUGUUGAUGAUAAAUUAUUAUCUCUGAUUGAUAGAAAUAUAGUAUAGUUUUUUGAAUAGAUUUAAAUUUCAUAAUAGCGACAAGGCAACUUAAGUCCAUUGGAUCCUCUAUUUCGGUCAAGAAUUGAUGAAUCAAUCAUAGAACCUAAAAUAUAAAGACCAAAAUGA